GUAAUUGUAUUGAACUAAAGGAAACGAAACAAGCCGAAUUUUUAUUGUGAUUUCUCUUUCUCUUUUUGGCUGUAAAAUUAUUAUUGGGAUACAUAAAAUCAAGUGUAAACAAAUGGAAGUAAAACAAGAAAUUAGCGAGGAAACGUCUGAAGUAAAAAUAGAGUAUAAUGAAUUGGAUGAUAUUCGCUUUGAUGGCUUUAAAUGUGAAAUUCGGGAAGAAUCCAAUAUGCAAAGUAUACAUGAGACAUAUGAUAAUUUAGACUUAAAGAAAUGUCCCAUAAAUACUGAAAUAGAACAACAUGAAAUUAACCCACUUGAAGAAAACCAAAAAACAGAAAAAGGUUAUCUCCACGACGAAUACAAAAAGGAAAUUAUGGAGUCCCUAAUUGAAGAUUCAUCUCACAAAGGAAAUUAUACUAGUCUACACUCUGAAGGAAAGACAUUAAAUAAAAAUAUGAAAGUUCCGACUGGACAAAGACCUUACAAGUGCGAAAUUUGUUUUAAACAGCUUUCUCACGUAAGUUCUUUGAAAAAACAUUUGAGAGUGCACACUGGGGAAAAACCUUACAAGUGUGAAACUUGUUUUAAGCAGUUUACCCAAAAGAGUAAUUUGAAAAAACAUUUGACAGUGCACACUGAAGAAAAAUCUUACAAGUGUGAAAUUUGUUUUGAACAAUUUUCUCUGAAAGAUCGUUUGAAAAGACACAUUAUGACACACACUGGAGAAAAACCAUAUAAGUGUGAAAUUUGUUUUAAACAAUUUUCUCAGGCAGGUAGUUUGAAAAUUCAUUUAACAGUACAUUCUGGGGAAAAAUCUUUCAAGUGUGACAUUUGUUUUAAACAAUUUUCUCGGGCAGGUCAUUUAAAAUAUCAUUUGACAUUGCACACUGGUGAAAAACCUUACAAGUGUGAAAUUUGUUUUAAACAGUUUGCUGACAAAUAUUUUUUCAAAGCACAUUUGAGAUUACACGCUGGGGAAAAGGCUUACAAGUGUGAAAUUUGUUUUAUGCAGUUUUUUCACGAAAGUUCUUUGAAAAAACAUUUGAGAGUGCACACUGGGGAAAAACCUUACAAGUGUGAAACUUGUUUUAAGCGAUUUUCUCAGUCAGGUUGUUUAAAAAAACAUUUGGUAGUGCACACUGAAGAAAAAUCUUACAAGUGUGAAAUUUGUUUUAAGCUGUUUUCUCGGGCAGAUUGUUUAAAAACACAUUUGAGAGUCCACACUGGAGAUAAAUCUUACAAGUGUGAAAUUUGUUUUAAACAAUUUUCUAAGGCAGGUAGUUUGAAAGCUCAUUUAACAGUACAUUCUGGGGAAAAAUCUUACAAGUGUGAAAUUUGUUUUAAACAAUUUUUUCAGGCAGGUAGUUUGAAAGCUCAUUUAACAGUACAUUCUGUGGGAAAAUACAAGUGUGAUAUUUGUUUUAAACAAUUUUAUCAUUCGGGUCAUUUAAAAAGUCAUUUGAGAGUGCACACUGGUGAAAAACCUUACAAGUGUGAAAUUUGUUUUAAGCGGUUUUCUGAGGUCAGUUCUUUGAAAACACAUUCGAGAGUGCACACUGGAGAAAAAUCUUACAAGUGUGAAAUUUGUUUUAAGCAAUUUGCUCAUUCUAGUUCUUUGAAAUAUCAUUUAUCAGUACAUUCUGUGGGAAAAUAUAAGUGUGAUAUUUGUUUUAAGCAAUUUUUUCAGGCAGGUCAUUUAAAAAGGCAUUUGAAAGUGCACACUGGAGAAAAAUCUUACAAGUGUGAAAUUUGUUUUAAACAAUUUUCUCAGGCAGGUAGUUUGAAAGCUCAUUUAACAGUACAUUCUGGGGAAAAAUCUUACAAGUGUGAUAUUUGUUUUAAACAAUUUUUUCACGCAGGUUAUUUAAAAAGGCAUUUGAAAGCGCACACUGGAGAAAAAUCUUACAAGUGUGAAAUUUGUUUUAAAAAAUUUUCUGUGGCAGGUAGUUUGAAAAGGCAUUUGAGAGUCCACAAUGGAGAAAAAUCUUACAAGUGUUUAAGCAGUGUAACAAGUUUAACAGUGUAAGCUGUUUUCUCGGGCAGAUUCUUUAACAACACAUUUGAGAGUCCACACUGGAGAAAAAGCUUACAAUUGUGAAAUUUGUUUUAAGCAGUUUUCUCAGGACCGCUCUUUGAAAAAACAUUUGAGAGUGCACACUGGUGAACAAUCUUAAAAGUGUGAAAUUUGUUUAAGCAAUUUUUUCAUUCUUUUUCUUUGAAAGCUCAUUUAACGGUACAUUCUGGGGAAAAAUCUUACAAGUGUGAAAUUUGUUUUAAACAAUUUUCUCAGGCAAGUUCUUUGAAAACACAUUUGAGAGUGCACACUGGAAAAAAUCUUACAAGUGUGAAAUUUGGUUUAAGCUGUUUUCUCGCAAAAUAUUUUAAAAAAGCACAUUUGAAAGUGCACGAUGAAGAAAAACAAAUCUGACAUUUGUUUUAAGCAGUUUUGUUCCCAAGUAUUUAAUAUGAAGCUUCAUAUGAGAUUACGCACUGGAAACAUUUCUUUUAAAUAAUUUGACGUAGCUUAUAAUUCGAGAGGAAAUUGGGGGAUGUUGGUGCAGUAUAAGGUAACUCAAAAUUAACUUUUCUGAUUGUGCCAGGUGGACUUCAGCACUUUCAAUAUAGGAAGCGGAGUUAGGUGGGAGACUAUUUUGUAAUACCUAUGUAAUAUUAGAUAGCGAUAGAUACAAGUGUAAACUAUUGUAAUUUGAUUUAAUUGAAAAGAAAUAAUAGUUUUUCGAUUUUUAAUUAUACAGGGAAUAAUAACAGUAAUGUCAUAGUUUAGAAUAUAUACCCUAGGAAGGAGCCUUUGCUUUUUCAAAUAGUUGAAAUUUUUUUGUUAAAUUAACUUAAGUAAAAAAAUAAAAUGGAUGUUUUGAUAAAACCGAAACCAAGCAUUUUCUGAUAACUCAUGUUUAUAACACGGCAGUGAAUUGAAAACAGUUGAUAGAGACCUAAAGAGGUCGAAAUACAUAUAAGCGGCUUGCUGCCGCUCUGUAUUGAAACAAAAAUCUAGUACCAUCUUUAUAUUUUAUUUCUUUACCCCGUAUAAUAUUUGUGUGCUUACUUACUUUAUUUUGUAUUAAUUAAUUAAUUAUUAUAAAUGAAAUAAAACAAGACAUCGUUUUAAAUUGACGGUU